UUCUUUCCGCCAUAUUGAAAAGCAAGGUACACAGUCCUUGAAGUCAAGCUAAGGCCAAUCCGGCGACGUGUACCAUUAUUUUAAGCCAUCCAAGCUUAUCAAUAGCGUAAAAAUAUUCUUCAAUAUUUUGAUAACUUUGCUUUCGAAAAUGGCUUCCCAAUCUGAGUUGGCGUGCGUGUACAGCGCACUUAUUCUUCACGAUGACGAUGUUGCCAUCACGGCUGAUAAGAUCCAAACCAUUCUGAAAGCAGCAAACGUGAAAGUGGAACCAUUCUGGGCUGGUCUGUUUGCAAGAGCUUUAGGCAAUAUCAACAUUGGCAGUCUUCUGAGUUCAGUUGGCACUGGUGGUGCUGGUGGUGGGGCUGCACCUGCUGCUGGUGCUGCUGCAGCUACAGAAGCGCCUGAAGAAAAGGAAGAAAAGAAGGAGGAAUCUGAGGAGGAAUCCGAUGACGAUAUGGGAUUCGGUCUGUUUGAUUAGUCUGUCGUCAGAUUAUGGAAAUACCACCUGUUGAAGACGUAUCCAAUCGAUCUUUGAUAUGUAAAAAUGAAUGAAUAAAUAGUGGCAAUUUGUUUUGUGCACAAGUAUUUGUUCAAUUACAAA